AUGGAUUCCUCCUCCAGCUCCAUGAAAAUCUCGCCAUUGGAUCUGAUGGCGGCGAUCAUCAAGGGCAAAAUGGACCCCAGCAACGCCUCUGCCGACUUAUCCGGCGCACAGGUCACCUCCGUCAUGCUCGAGAACCGCGAGUUCGUCAUGAUCUUGACCACCUCCAUUGCCGUCCUAAUCGGCUGCGUCGUAGUUUUGAUUUGGCGGCGAUCGUCGGCCCCUCAGAAGCCGCGAGUCAUUCAGCCUCCGGCGCCCGUGAUCGUGACGCCUGAGCCGGAGGUCGACGACGGGACGAAGAAGGUCACUAUCUUCUUCGGCACCCAGACCGGUACCGCCGAAGGCUUCGCUAAGGCUUUGGCCGAGGAAGGAAAAGCUCGAUACGAGAAGGUCACAUUCAAAGUUGUUGAUUUGGACGAUUAUGCUGCUGAUGACGAAGCAUAUGAGGAGAAAUUGAAGAAGGAGAGCUUGGCAUUUUUCUUCUUGGCCACAUAUGGUGAUGGUGAGCCAACCGAUAAUGCUGCCAGGUUUUACAAGUGGUUUACGGAGGGUAAUGAGAGAGGAGAGUGGCUUCAGAAGCUUCAUUACGGAGUGUUCGGCCUUGGAAACAGGCAGUAUGAGCAUUUCAACAAGGUUGCUGUGGUUGUCGAUGAUGUCCUCACUGAGCAGGGUGCGAAGCGACUUGUUCCAGUGGGUCUCGGAGAUGAUGAUCAAUGCAUUGAGGAUGACUUCAGUGCAUGGCGAGAGUCUGUUUGGCCUGAGUUGGAUCAGUUGCUUCGAGAUGAGGAUGAUGCAAUGACACCAAUUUCUACACCUUACACUGCUGCUGUGUUGGAGUAUCGAGUUGUAAUUGAAGAUUCUGCAGAUGCAUCAGUAGAGAAUAAGAGCUGGAAUAAUGCAAAUGGUCAUGCUGUCAUUGAUGCUCAACAUCCAUGCAGAGCUAAUGUGGCUGUGAGAAAGGAACUUCAUACUCCUGCAUCUGACCGUUCUUGCACCCAUCUCGAAUUUGAUAUUGCUGGCACUGGACUUACAUAUGAGACUGGGGAUCAUGUUGGUGUCUACUCUGAGAAUCUUCCUGAAAUUGUGGAAGAGGCGCUAAGCUUGUUGGGCGUGUCGCCAGAAACAUAUUUCUCGAUACACACUGAUAAGGAGGAUGGCACACCACUUAGUGGAAGCUCCUUGGCACCUCCUUUCCCACCAUGCACAUUAAGAACAGCACUAACUCGAUAUGCUGAUCUUUUAAGUUCUCCCAAAAAGUCUGCCUUACUUGCUUUAGCAGCUCAUGCAUCUGACCCAACUGAAGCAGACCGAUUAAGACAUCUUGCAUCACCUGCUGGAAAGGAUGAAUAUGCACAAUGGGCGGUUGCAAGUCAGAGAAGCCUUCUUGAGGUCAUGGCUGAAUAUCCAUCAGCCAAGCCCCCACUUGGUGUCUUCUUUGCAGCAGUCGCCCCACGAUUGCAGCCUAGAUACUAUUCAAUCUCAUCAUCUCCAAGGAUGGCGUCUUCUAGAAUUCACGUAACCUGUGCAUUAGUUUAUGAGAAGACACCAACAGGAAGGAUUCACAAAGGAGUGUGUUCAACCUGGAUGAAGAAUUCUGUGCCUUUGGAGAAGAGCGAUGAUCCUAGUUGGGCACCCAUUUUUGUUCGGCAAUCAAACUUCAGACUUCCUACUGACACUAAAGUACCCAUUAUCAUGGUUGGUCCUGGGACUGGAUUGGCUCCCUUCAGGGGUUUCCUGCAGGAAAGAUUAGCUCUUAUAGAAGCUGGAGCGGAACUGGGACCCUCCACAUUGUUCUUUGGAUGUAGAAAUAGUAAAACGGAUUACAUUUACGAAGAUGAGCUGAACAACUUCUUAGAAACUGGUGCACUUUCUGAGCUAGUGGUUGCAUUCUCACGCCAGGGACCCACCAAGGAAUAUGUGCAGCAUAAAAUGAUGCAGAAGGCCUCAGACAUCUGGAACAUGCUAUCUCAGGGAGCUUAUAUUUAUGUUUGUGGUGAUGCUAAGGGCAUGGCCAGGGAUGUCCACCGGACUCUUCACACAAUAGUGCAGGAGCAGGGAUCUCUGGACAGCUCCAAAGCCGAGAGCAUGGUGAAAAAUCUGCAAAUGAGUGGCAGGUAUCUGCGUGAUGUGUGGUAA